CAUGUGAGGAGGAGUAAGAUGUAUGAAACGAUCCUUCAAAGUAGAUAGAAGGUGGAUCAACUAGAUCUGAAGCUUAGCAGUGGACUGAUAUCCUUGUAAAUCGACCGAUUGGCAUUACGAAGUGAUUGUUAGUUACAUGAGAGAUGAGUGAGUCUGAGACAGAUGAACAGGGAGAUCAAUCUCACAAGGAUCUAGAACCGGAUAGUGAAAGUGACAUUCCGUUGGUCAGUACUUCCUUUUACAAACGGAAGAAGAGACAGAAUGAGACGACUCGAUCUGAAAUGGACAAACAGGGAGAUCCAUCUCAUAAGGAUGUGGAAUUUGAUGGUGAAGAUUUGGCCUUUGCAUUCUCUAGCAACCGGAAGAAGAGAAAGCGAGUCUGUGUGGAUGAAGGAGACCUCCGGCAUGCUUCUGUGGUGACCAAGAAUAGUUCAAAGAAGAGGUAUGCAAAAGAAAAGGACUCUUGUGUUUCUUUGGAGGAAGAUUCAGAAGCAAAUCAAGAGAAUGUAAAUGUGAUUGAACUGCCAGUCGAUACUCCUGUCAACUAUUGCAAUGACCAAAUGUUUGUGUGGCCUUGGAUGGGGAUUGUUGUGGAUACUCGACCUAAAAAGGUUUGGACGAGGUGUUGCGUUAAAGAAAGUAAAACCCAAGUGACAGGUGAAUUGCAUAGGAAAGGUUUCAGUUUCAUUAGAGUUCAAGCACUGUGUGACUACCAAAACCCAUCCCAAAUCGCUGUUGUGGAAUUUGGCGAAGAUUGGCUCGGUUUCUGCAAUGCCUUGUUGUUUGAGAGGGCUUAUGAUGCAGAUCAUCAUGGACGGAAGGAUUGGUAUUCCAGCAAGAAAAGGAAAACAGGCACUUAUGCUUGGGUUGCUCGUGCCGAUGACUACAACUCAAAGUGUAUCAUAGGAGAAAAACUACGGGAGAUCGGAGACCUUAAGACUAUCGCUGAAAUAGUAGACAAGGAUGCUCAGAAGCGGGAAGAGCUUGUAUCCUUGGAGAGGAAACUAGAGCUUAAAAACAUACAAUUGCAAGAGAUGGAAGAAAAAUCAAGGCAGACUUCUAACUCUCUAAGAAACUUAAUUACCGAGAAAGAAAAGCUCGAGCAAUCUUAUAAUGAAGAGAUGAAGAAAGUACAGAGUGCAUAUGAUUGCUUGCGAAGCAUUCUAAUAAUUCAUGGAAACUCUACGUCGCAACAAGUUGGUUCUCGGAGAACUGUCUUGCAAGAGGUGCGAAAAAGAAGUAGGCAAGAGGACAUCCAUCUGGAAGGUCAGGUCGAUGAGAAUCGGGCAUUGAAACAGGAGAUCGAACGGCUGAGGGGGGAAAUUGAUGUCAUGAAGCAUGACGAGGCUGAACUUUUGAAGCGUAUGGGAGCUAUGCUCGGGGAUUUCAAAGAAAUGGAAGAAACGCUCCAGAACACAGAAGAGUUGAAUACCGCUCUCAUUUACAAGGAGCGCCGGAGCAAUGAUGAGCUGCAAGAAGCUCGGAAACAUUUGAUCGAUGCAUUUAGAGGUAUAACGGGUGCCCAUAUUGGUAUAAAGAGAAUGGGUGACCUUGAUACCCGGCCAUUCCUUGAAGUGUCUAUGCAGAAGAAAGAUGGAUUGGUUGAAGAAGAUGGUUUGGAAUUGUGUUCCUUGUGGGACAAGCUUUUGGCCGACCCCUCAUGGCAUCCUUUCAAGAUUAUCGAGGCUCAAGGGAAGCAUCAGGAAGUAAUAGACGAUGAAGAUGAAAAACUGAAAGGCCUGAGGGAAGAAAUGGGGGAUGAAGUUUAUGAAGCCAUUUCAACGGCCUUGCUGGAGAUGAACGAGUACAAUCCGAGCGGCAGGUUCGUCGUCCCGGAGUUGUGGAACUACAGAACAGGAAGAAAGGCUUCACUAAAAGAGGGGAUCGAAUAUGUACUGACACAGUGGCAGACCGAUCAGCGCAAGAUGAAUCGUCUCCGCAGGGGCAACAAUCGUCGAAGCAGAUGUGACUUGGAGGAGCAUGCUGUGAACUGAAUCAGGUCCAAAUCCUAGUAUUUUCACGUCGCUGCGCUUUUGUCCGCGAUUGAAGCUGUUUCCAUUUUGUUUCGACCGCUUAUCAAGAUAGGUACUCAUCUCUUGUUUUUUGGCAAAUCUAGGUAAGGUAUCGUCCUUGCGUUUGUUUGGCUUGAAACUAUGAGCUGAUGACUCGACCUGCACUUGUUUUCGAAAAUUAUAAUCUCUAUGCUGUGACUUUAUAUGAAGGUCCUCGUCUUUUUUA